CUCGGCGUGUGCAGAGAUUCAGAAGUACUCAGCCUCUGAGAGUCACUCAAAGUCAUUGCGGACUGCCCCUCCUCCUACUCAGACUUGACUCGCCACUCUUCAGCCCACAGAGCCAUGGCCACGACCACAGCAGCGCGCAAAGUGCCGCUGCACUUCAUGACCCUCGCUGACCUCUCCGUCAGUCAGAUCAAUGCCCUCGUCGUUCACGCUCACUACCUCAAACGCCGCUCCCUCCGUCUUCUCCGUCCCUCCGCCUUCAAGAGCAACCUCAGACCAUCAAUGCCACCCUCCCGGUCACUCGAACACAAGUCCAUCGCCCUCCUCUUCUCCAAGCGGAGCACGCGUACCCGACUCAGCGCAGAAACCGCCACCAGCCUCCUCGGCGGGAAUGCCCUCUUCCUGGGCCAGGAAGACAUCCAACUCGGCGUAAACGAGAGUCUGCGCGACUCCGCCAGAGUUAUCAGCGGCAUGUGCCAGGGCAUCUUCGCGCGCGUAGGCGACCACUCCGAGAUCGAGGAACUCGCGCGCUACUCGCAAGUUCCCGUCGCGAACGCGCUCUCCUCGCUCUGGCACCCGACGCAGGUGCUCGCCGACCUGCUCACGAUGCGCGAGACGCCCGAGCUCAGACUCCCCAACAACGACUUGCGCUCGCCGUACCCGAUCGAGAAGCUGCGCCCGCUGACGAUUGCCUACGUCGGAGACUCCGCGAACGUGCUCCACGACAUGCUCGUCUCGUACCCGCGCAUGGGCCACCAGCUCCGUGUCGCGAGCCCGGAAGACGAGCGUUACCGCGCGCCCAAGGCCGUCUGGGAUCGCGUCACGGAACGGGACUGCGUUAAGAAUAUCUUCUGGACGAAGGACCCGAGGGAGGCGGUGCAUGGCGCGGACGUUGUGAUCACGGAUACGUGGAUAUCCAUGGGCCAGGAGGCCGAGAAGGAGCAGCGUCUCAAGGACUUCCAGGGAUAUCAAGUCACGGAACGGCUCUGCAAGGAGGGCGGUGCGAAGCCUAACUGGAAGUUCCUUCACUGCCUCCCGCGGAAGCCUCAUGAAGUCGACGACGAGGUGCGUUCGCAGCCCUGGCUGCUGUUAUCGCAUCCUCCUCAUGACCGCAAACAUCACGCUGUACUGACCCGUGCCAUCAAAUAGGUCUUUUACGGCCCCCGCUCC